AUGAAUGAUGAAUUCGAUUCAACAUCAAUGAUUAAUAAUGAAAAACGAACAUCAGCUGCUAAACUUGUUAAUCAAUUAUAUUUUUUUCCGAUUAGAUAUAUCCUCAAUAUGAAUGAUAUAAUAAAAAGUGAUGAUGAAUCACGGAUUAUAUUACAUCUUUUAUCUGUACGUGAACAUGGUGAUCCACAUUUACGUGGUGCAUAUGCAAAUUUACUUGCUAAAUUAAUUCAAACAACAGUUCAUCUUUGA